AUGACUAUUCUGUUACAUAGAACAAAUACCCGCUCUUUGACCACCACUGCAGUCAUUAAUCUCUUAGUGGUCCAUGGCAUCUUUCUUCUCACAGUUCCAUUUCGGAUCACCUAUUACGUCAAAAGAAAGUGGUCUUUUGGAUUUCCAUUCUGCAAGAUAAUAAGUGUCUCGAUACACAUUCACAUAUACCUUGCCUUUAUAUUUUAUGUGGCUAUGCUAAUCAUCAGGUACAUUAGCUACUUCAAACAAAAGGAUAAAAUCGAGUUCUACAGGAAACUCCACUCGGUUGUGGCUAGUGCAGCAGUAUGGAUUAUCAUAAUACUAGUUAUGUUUCCUUUAGUCUAUUUACAGUAUGGUAACGGUGAAGACAACAAGUUCACAGAAAAAUGUUUUCAUUUCCAUAAAGCUAUCAAUAAGCCAUAUGUGAGAGGCUUGAACUACUUUGUGGUUGUGGUCAUUGUUGGCAUCGUAUGUCUUCUCCUGGCUGUACAAAUUUUCAUUAUUGUAAAGAUAGUUAAGAAACUGAAGAAAUCUGCUCUAGAUCAUCAAGAGUUCUGGGCUCAGUUAAAAAGUUUGUUUUUUAUUUUAGUCAUGGUCAUCUGCUUCUUUCCUUAUCACAUGUUUCGGUUCUACUACAUACAAUAUAAAGAAGAAUGCUACUAUUACAAUGAGAUCUUCCUCGGUAUUACAGCUCUCAGCUGUGUGGAUCUUCUGUCAUUUGCAGGACAGACUUAUUUUCAGAAAGUGCUUAAACACAUGACAUGCACCUUAAGAUGUACAUAUUGA